UUUUCUUCUGGUUUUGUUUUUUGAUCAGUCGUCUUCUAAAGAGUACGGGUGUUUUGACGGUUUGAAUAUAAUCUGUUUACAACAAAAAAAUGAUUUACAACAUAUUGAAAUUCUCUUUUUUAUAAAUUCAUUAACUAAACAUGGAAUUGUUAAUGAAUAGUGAGUACUAUGUUCUUUUAAAUGAAGAUCAUAGCUUAUGGUGCAGUCGUAAAGAUGGAUCUUUUACACCUAAACUGGCUAAAGAUGUUGAACAAUUGUCAGAUUUUGUAUGCAUUGGUAUUGUUUUUGGAUUAAUUGGAAAAUUUACCAUUCAGCAAGAUAUUGACAAAAGGUUAGCUGUUAUUCGUGACCGUGCUGUUGUUGGUGUGUUACCUGGGGGUCAUGAUGUUUAUAAAAUUCAGAAGAUAGCUCUUUUACCAUUAAAUCAGCAGCAGCUUCCAGAUGUUGAGUUUGAGGUUUGUAAAAAGCAUCGUUUCAAUCCGAGAAAAGCUGAAAAACCAACUAAUACCACAGAUACACAGCAAAAAGCUUUUCAAAAAACUUGGAACACGCUGAAAUCUGCGACUGCUCAAGUAAAAAAUAGAAAAGUUAGUGACACAUUAUUUUCAGCCGCAUCUUUCCUGACAAAUAAAGUUCUGAUUCCUGUCUUAUUGAUGGAAACAGGACCUUGGAGAUUUUCAGGAAAUUUAGCCAUAAAGCAACCUAAAGAACUGAGAGAUAGAGAAAAGUUAGAAAAGAGAGUUAUAGAGGAGUUUACUAAAAUGUUUACAGACACAGAUUCCUUUUAUUAUUCUUUUACGGGUGAUUUGACCAAUUCUGUUCAAAGGCAGUAUUACCAAUCAAAGGAUCCUGAAUUUGAUGGUGUACCUUUAUGGAAAAAAAUAGAUGAUCGAUUUUUCUGGAAUAAAUUUAUGGUUUCAGAGCUGAUAAGCACAAAUGACCCAUUAUGUAAUCCUUGGAUCACUCCGGUCAUUCAAGGAUUUGUACAAAUCGAACAGUGCUGGAUAGAUAUUAUUGACGAUGCUGAAUCUCUUUCAGCUGAGGGUAUAAAGUUUUUUCCACCACCUACACUUUUACCUGAUGUGACAGGAAAAAACUACACAAUGAUUUUGAUAUCCCGAAGAAGCCGUCAUCGAGCUGGUACACGAUACAAGCGUAGAGGAGUCGAUGAAUCUGGAAAAUGUGCAAAUUAUGUUGAAACUGAACAGAUAUUUGAAUAUGCAUCUCACAUAGUAUCUUUUGUACAAGUUCGAGGAUCUGUUCCUAUAUUUUGGAGUCAGCCUGGAUAUAAAUACAGACCACCUCCUCAGUUGGAUAAAGGAGAAGAAGAAACUCAAGUGGCAUUUGAAAAACAUUUUGAAGAGGAAUUAAGUGUUUACAAAUCUCAAGUCAUAGUUAAUCUCAUGGAACAAUGUGGCAAAGAAAAGAUAAUUAAUGAUGCAUAUUUAAAGCAUAUAUUGGAAUUCAGCUGUCCCGAUCUAGUUUAUGUUAGUUUUGACUUUCAUGAAUAUUGCCGGGGUAUGAAAUUUGAGAAUGUUUCUGUUUUAAUUGAAAGCAUUCAGGAUGUUAUUCGUGACAUGCGAUACUGUUGGACUGACAGCGAAGGUCUUAUUUGUGACCAACGGGGAGUUUUUCGCGUCAAUUGUGUUGACUGCUUAGAUCGUACCAACAUUGUCCAAACAGCCCUUGCUAAGACUGUCAUGGACAUUCAGUUCAACAAACUAGGUCUAUUACCCCCUGAAGGUGUGUUACCUGCUGGCUGUCGAAGAAUAUUUCAAAUGUUAUGGGCUAAUAAUGGUGAUAUUAUUAGUCGGCAGUAUGCUGGAACUGUAGCAUUAAAAGGUGAUUACACUAGGACUGGAGAACGUAGAAUAGCUGGAAUGAUGAAAGAUGGAUAUCACUCUGCAAAUAGGUACUAUGUCAACCGAUUUAAGGACGCCUUUCGUCAAGCUACGAUUGAUUUAAUGAUGGGUAACCCAGUCACAGAAGAUAUAAACGCUGUUACUCCUGAAAGAGAAGAAGCUGAUACAGAAAUUGAAAUUAAUGAACAAGAACAUCAUGAAAGAGUUAAACAACUCAUAGAAGAUUGUAAAAAAAUUUUAAUACCAGAAACUGAAGUUGUCUUAGGUGGAUGGGCAUUAAUUGAUGCAGAUCCUGUGACUGGGGAUCCUGAUAAGCAAGACAUGGAUGCAAUAUUGAUUCUUACCAAAGAUUCUUACUUUGUUGCCGAAUAUGAUGAUCAGACUGAUAGAAUUAUUAAGUAUCAGCAUGUACAAUUAGAAGAUUUAGAGAGAAUUGAAUUAGGACCUGAACCAGGAGUUUUUAAAUCGAAACAUUAUUGCCUACGUUUGCACUACUGUGUUUAUGGACAGUCUGGUUAUUUCCACAUGUUUCGCUCCACCAAUACAAGAUUUUUUAAUAAUAUGGCUGUUCCAAUUAGUAGUGAAGAAGAAGCUGCAGAAUCUUUAAAAGCUAUUUGUGAAACAUUUAAAGUUGCUUUGUGCGUGAAAGAAGUAAAUGUUCCCAUAUUUGAGGGGAAAUUGGAGCGUCGCAAAAGCAAAAUGCCACUAUCACAGGCCGGAGUUCGUGCUGGAGUUUUCAGGAGCAAUCGCAAUCAUCAUGGACAUAAUGCCAACCAUGGUUUUCACUUAGAACUCCCAUCAUUUUCCUCAAUGCCUCGUAAUAUAUCAGAAGGUCAAUUAAAUUCAUUGAAAAAUGUUGGAUCCAGAGCUUUAAGUAAUGUUACCUCACACUUUGCAAAGCUAAAUCCUAUUAAAACUGUAAAAGCUUUAGGGAAAAAAUCUACAAAUGGUUUUGCAUCAUGUGCAGCUCCUAAUUUAGCUUCUGUUGAUGAGACUAGUGCUUCUAUAAGUCAACGCUAUAGCAUGGAUAGUUCAUCUGAAUCAGAAGAAGAUUCUGCACUUCAUCACAAAAUCUAUACACCAGCUGGAUUUCAUGGGCACAUAAGUGAUCGUACUCUGAGCUCCGAUUAUUCAGAAUUCAGUGAUGUCGACGAACAGGAACUGAUGUUGUCCACUGAAUGCCUAGAUAACGGUGCUAAUGACAGUAAACACGACACAAUGCUCGAAAGUUGCGGGAUUUUAGCCACUUAUAGCUCUGGCCUAAAUGGACCACAGAGUGACAAUUUUGUCUUUCUCGAAGACAACAGCCAGUUUAGUCAAAGAAGAUAUAACACUGAAGUGGAUGAUUUUGUAUUGGAUGCCAUGAAAAGGGCGUCCCAACGUCAAAGUAAAAGAAUGUCAGCGCAGAAGCUGGUAAGCUCCAAACAGAACCUUUCUUUAGCAUCUAUGCCCCAAAUACAUAUAAGUACUGAAAGUAACCUUGCUGCUUACACCAAACCAGAUGAAAUUUAUUGCGGAUCUGGUAAAGUAGCGGUGUCUCGUAAGUUGUCCAAGUCUUCGGAGGAUCUGGAGUAUCGGCCUUGCACUGUCGCCACUUCUCACGAAGUGUCCCACCUUUUGGUACAGGAAGAAGUAAUGUUAGAUACCGAAGGACUGAAUGCUAAAAUGAAGACAUCACACAGUGAAAGUGCUAUUCAAGACUUCUCCCUGUCCUCCCUCAAUCUGUCCAACACUCUGUCUCCUAUUGCAAUAAAAAAAGAUUUGGUGCUGUCACCACUGUCUAGAAUAGCGAAAGGGGUGCAGAAUUUCGGAAUGAACUUACGCCCAGGACACCCACGCAGCAACCCUAUUUCGCCUAAUUCUGAAGAUUACGAGAAAGUAAAGCUGAAAAGAAAGAACUGUGCUACUCGAAUCAUCGAAUUGUGAUCGGAUGUUGUAUAAUUUGUUAGAAAUAUAUUGGAGUUAUAUUUGUAUAGAAAUUACGAGGCUAUAAUUGUUAAAAAAGAAAUUAGCAAUAUAUAAGAGGAAUUUUUACAUAGCAAAAAAGUGCAAGAUUUUUAUUUUGCAUGUCUUAUUUUAGAAAAGUGAAAAUAACGUAGCUAAAUAAGUAUUUCUGCCCAUUUUUUUUUUUUAAAUAAGUGUUUAUAAGUAUUAUUUGUGUUAAUUUAUUUUUAAAAUGUGCAAUAAUUCUCUAGUUUUUUUAUUGUUUAAUGUUUUCCUUAUGUAUUGUAGUCGUAUAAAACUUCAAUAUAUGAAGUUUUGACUUAGUAUACACAUUGUUUUAAAAAAUAUUCAAAGUAUUCUCCUAUUUACCUCCCUCAUUUUUUGUAAAUUUUCAUCAAAUUUUGUAAUAUCCAUUCGAUGAAUAUUUCUUUUUAUAUUUAUGUUCACUCGAAAAUCAUCUAUGGCUGAAACAUUCUUUAUUUAUGAAUGAAAACAUUCAUUAUUUACAAAUGAAAAACAUAUUUUCCAACUUUGAUACUUUGUCCACUUGUCUAAUAAACUUCUAUAUUUUCCUAAUGUGAAACAUAAUUGUCACACUUGUAUAUUAAAACUUUCCCUUAAUAUAUUUCCUAUUUAUCGUUGAAAUUUUUACAUUAGAUAGUAGUGUUUGCUUUUAAAAAAUAACUUUGCUUUUUGACAUAGGUCACAUUUGAAUAGCUUUGUAGUUAUUCUAUUCAUUUGAAUACAUGACCAACCUAAAAGUGUAGGGCAUGACCAAAAUGCAUGUGGGAAGCCCUUUUUUGCACUUGCACAUGCUUUGAAGGGAAAUAUUAAUGUUUUGGUAUUCUAAAAUUUUAGUUUGCUUUCUCCUACGAUAAUCAUGUCCUGUUCAAAUCUAAUUCAAACAUUUGUAAAAAGCAAGUAAAUAUAACACCAUUUGCGAGUUUUAUUUACUCCUUCAGGACCAAUAGUUUGAGAAAGAAUGCUUUCUCAGGACCACAUACUCCCAGGGUAUACAAACUUCAAUUAUAUGCAUAGGUACUAGAGAGUACCAUAUUUAGCUCACAUCCUUGUGAUCUUUGGGGUACUAUGGUCAGAAAGGUUUCUUUUAUUUAUGACAUCAUGCCCCAGACCCACCUACUCCACUCGCUUUAAAAAUAUGUUUAGAUACUUAAUAAAAGAUGUAACAUGAGAGUACCGUAUUUAGUUCACAUCCUUGUGAUCUUUGGGGUACUAUAGUCAGAAAGGUUUCUUUUAUUUAUGACAUCAUGUCCCAGGCCCACAUACUCCACACGCUCUAAAAAUCUGUAUAGAUGCUAAUACAAGAUGUAAUAUGAGAGUAUCGUAUUUAGCUCACAUCCUUGUGAUCUUGGACCUCUAUAGUCAGAAAGGUUUCAUUUAUUUAUGACUCCAUGGGGGUGUGAAGGGAGAAUCAUGUAAUCACAGUUCUGGAGGGGUUAAAGCUUUAAAUAUUUACUUAAUUUAUUAUUUAGUUUUAAAGCAAUUCCUCACUAUACAUUUUAAAAUGAUGCUUAUUUUUAGCGGUACUUUCAUUUUUUAACUGUUUUUAAUCGUAUUUAUAAAGAUUCAUUCUUCUAUCAUAAAUACUUAAAGCAUAACAAACUUUUUUUAAAUUUAAUUUUACUAUGUAUGUUUGUAAAACUAAAAUGUUUUAUAAUUGUUUAGCUAAAGUAUCUACUGGUUGCUAACAUGAAAAACUUUUUGUCACAAAAAUAAACAAUGUGUAAAUUAUAUAUUUUUACGUUCAUAUUUUUUAUUAUCAGUGAAUGCUUCAAUUCUUUCCCGUCUUUUCAUUUGAAUUAGUUAUUAUGAAAGGAAGUUUAAAUAGCUAUUUAUUAUUUUUAUUCCAUUUUAUUGAUUUAGGUUAAUUUUGCUUUCUUAUAAAUGAGUUGUACUUGAAAUCUGUCCAUGCAUCAGUAAUUGUUAAUUUACUCAUUAGUGAGUUUUAUUUUGUGUUUCUUUUCGUUUCAUUAUUAAACUCUUAAAGUAUUUGUUUAUUCAUUUGUUUUGCAUUCUUAAUUUUAGUCAUUCCAAAAAAAUUGUCUUUCAUCUAAGGAUUGGUUAUAUUUUUUCUUUUAAUGUUUUUUUUUAAUUUUUUUUUUUUAAAUUUUUGAUUGCCUAGUCUCGAAAGUUAUGAAGCACUUGUUACUUUGCAAACAUUCUCCUUUUACAAUUUUUUUUUAUGUAAUUUAAUUAAAAUGUUUUAUUUUUGCA